CCAGGUUGACCCAACCUACUUCCGACAAUAAAUCAUAAAUCCAUCCGCCCGCGUGCAGCUCUCUUAAACGACGGAUACACCCCAUUUAAUUCUAUAUCGGGGUCAGUCUUUUAAAGUCGACCUAAAAACGGGACACGCGUCACAAGGAUCGACCCCAAACGCAUGGUAGCUGCCGUGUCCGGUACCACGACCGACGCCACGACUUGUCUUUCCUCCGCACGCGGUCGACAAAACACUAAACCAAGCUUCCCGAGUUCGCCGUUCUAUCACCGCCGACGAGUCGCAGAUGGAUCAGAUCGCCUCGGUACUUCUCAACUUCCCGCCAGCCGGCGGGAUUGCCGACGAUGAUUUGUACAACUCAGCUGCCAAGUCACACAGCCAAAGCGUGGACAAGUUGGCCGUGACACCAAACUUUAAAGAUACCGCCGCCCAGCUCUUAGAUCACGUCGAUCCAGCCAUCAAUUCCAUCUCGCACCUGAGCUUGCUCAUCGCCGCCCGGGCCGCCGACAGUCUACCCCAGCCCGAACUCCUGGCCAAGAUCUCCAUUUUCCUCGUCUCGUUCGACGCACGCCAGAUACGCUACGCAGGGAAAGCCUUUGCGUCGGUUCUCGACUGGGUCACCAGCGGGAAUCUGUUUCCGGCUUCUGUCGCAGUAGACCUCGUCACGGCAGCCCUACUGAGGAUCGAUCCGACCGGCUCGGUGCUCACUACCCACCAUGUCGCCCUGGCCAAGCUCGCGUACACGACCGACAACGUAGGACCCGCGCUGCCCCUCCUCGAGAAGAAUAUCGUCUUCUAUCCGGGCGUGAAGGGUUUGCAGGAGCCGCGGCCCCUCGGCAGUCCGGAUCUACCGCCGGCAUCAUACGUAACCGUGGAGUCGGGGUUGACGAAGCAGUUGAGCAGCAGCGACGUGCUGCAGUACGAUCUUUUCCGCGGGCUCUGCUUCAUCCAGCGACGGUCAUGGAGCCAGGCGCUCGACGCGCUGGAGCGGGUCAUCACAUACCCCGCCCGGGACACCCACUCGUGUAGCAAGAUCAUGGUGGAGGCACACAACAAGUGGGUUCUCAUCGGGCUGCUGCUGAAUGGCAAGGCGCCCACGCUGCCGACUAUCACGGCCCCCGGGGCGCAGAAAGCCUUCUCUGCGCUGGGCAAACCCUACCAAUCAAUCGGCAACGCAUUUGGGGAGAGCACGGGCCGGUUGCUCAAGACCGAAUAUGAGGGCCUGGGCCCGCAGUUCUUCAGCGAGGAGAACAACCUCAGCCUGGUGCGGUUGGUGAUACAACAUUACCAGAGGUGGCAGAUCCUGAAGCUCCGGCAGGUCUACACCAAGAUCUCGCUCGAGAAGAUCAGAACUCGUACGCAGAGCGCUGAAACGGGGGCGCCGCUCGCGACCGAGGCCGAGGUCGCACAGCUCAUACAGGAGAUGAUCGACGAGGGGAUGCUGAGCGGCGUAAUCGAGCGCCCUGCAGACGGGCCGGCCUACCUUAGCUUCCACGUCCCCGACGAAGUGCUCUCGGAGGCCGAGUUUGGACAGAGGAUGCUGCAAACCGCGCAGCGGUUGAAGGAGCUAGAACCGAUCGUCAAGGCGACGAACGAGCGCCUGGGCACGCACCGCGAUUACGUCCGGUUCUUGUCGGGCCAGCAGAAGAAGGAUAAGGACUGGCAGAGGGACUACGGCGUCGGGUUUAUGAAUCAGGUCGAGGACGAGGAUCUGAUGACGGACGCGGUGGCGGGCUUCUAGGCGGGGCAAUCAUCCGUGGGCGGGCGAGCCCAGCCUAGCUGUGUUUCCGUGAGUAGGGUUGCAUGCGGCUGCUAGAUUACGAAAGGCAUUGACUUAUGAAAUGGAGCCCGGGGUAUCAAGGAAGGUUAUGGGACGGGACGCGGCGAGAUGGCGGCCGCCAGGCGUUGGAGACGGUGCAUGGGAACAGCCAUAGCAGUGUACAGAGAUACUUUUGCUAGAGGGAUUUUGGCCGACAGCCCAUGAAUCCCGUUCUUGCCUAUUGGCUUUAGCCAGUCUUGAGUG